CCCCGCCCUGCCCUGCCCUGCCCUGCCCUGCCCUGAAUGUCGGACGGAGCCGAGGGGCCCGCGGGGGGCCCCCCUGGCUCCCCCACCCACGACUCUGCCGGUGACUCCGAGCCGCGGAUCAUCAAAGUCACGGUGAAGACUCCGAAGGAGAAGGAGGAGUUCGCCGUUUCCGAGACCAGCAGCAUCCGGCAGUUCAAGGAAGAAAUCUCUAAGCGUUUCAAGUCCCACACUGAUCAGCUUGUGUUGAUAUUUGCUGGAAAAAUUUUAAAAGAUCAAGAUACUUUGACUCAGCAUGGAAUUCAUGAUGGACUCACUGUUCACCUGGUUAUCAAAACACAAAACAGAUCACAAGACUACCCAGCUCAACAGGCAAACACCACUGGGAGUACUGCUACUACAUCAACAUCAAGCAGUAGCACCUCAACAUCAGCGUCAACAAAUAGCAAUCCCUUUGGCUUGGGUGGCCUUGGAGGUUUGGCAGGCCUGAGUAGCUUGGGCUUAAAUACUUCAAACUUCUCGGAGUUGCAAAGUCAGAUGCAACGACAACUUAUGUCCAACCCGGAAAUGAUGGUUCAGAUAAUGGAGAAUCCAUUUGUUCAGAGCAUGCUUUCAAAUCCCGACCUGAUGAGGCAGUUAAUUAUGGCUAACCCUCAAAUGCAGCAACUGAUACAGAGAAAUCCAGAAAUCAGUCACAUGCUGAAUAAUCCAGAUAUAAUGAGACAGACACUAGAACUUGCUAGAAACCCUGCAAUGAUGCAGGAAAUGAUGCGAAACCAGGACCGAGCGCUGAGCAACCUUGAAAGUAUACCAGGGGGAUACAAUGCCUUGCGGCGUAUGUACACAGACAUUCAGGAGCCAAUACUGAAUGCAGCACAGGAGCAGUUUGGAGGUAACCCAUUUGCUUCUUUAGUAAGCAACGCAUCAGCAGGAGACAAUCAGCCAUCUCGUACAGAAAAUAGAGAUCCUCUGCCAAAUCCAUGGGCUCCUCAGUCUAGCUCACAGACUUCCACAACAAAUAACGGCACUAGUGGUGAGAGCAGUGGCAGCAGUAAUGCUGAAAACAGCACUUCAGGCACAACGGGACAGAACUCAGCUGGACCGAAUUUGGGACCUGGGCUUGGAGCUGGUAUGUUCAAUACACCAGGAAUGCAGAGCUUAUUACAGCAGAUAACAGAAAAUCCACAACUUAUGCAGAAUAUGUUGUCUGCACCCUACAUGAGAAGCAUGAUGCAAUCGUUAAGCCAGAAUCCUGAUCUUGCAGUACAGAUGAUGUUGAAUAAUCCUUUAUUUGUUGGAAAUCCUCAACUUCAGGAACAAAUGAGACAACAACUUCCAACUUUCCUUCAGCAAAUGCAGAAUCCUGACACGUUAUCAGCUAUGUCAAACCCCAGAGCAAUGCAGGCUCUGCUGCAGAUUCAGCAGGGCUUGCAGACAUUAGCAACAGAAGCACCGGGGCUUAUACCAGGGUUUAAUCCUGGCUUGGGUGGAGUGGGAAGCAGCGGAGCUCCUACAGCAUCCACUGUACCUAGUUCUGUUUCUACUGAAAAUACAAACCCACCUUCAGGAACUGCUGAACCUGGUCACCAGCAGUUUGUCCACCAGAUGUUGCAGGCACUUGCUGGUGCAAAUGCUCAGAUGAGCACUUAGAUAACUUGUGCUUGAAAUCUGCAGCUUGCAUUUUGGACCAGAAGGGCAUGUGUGCCUGAAGGUUGUCUCUUCAUUUUCCUGCUUUCUUUUCUUCUGCUGUGGAUCAAGUGACCUGACAGGAUUGUCUGCAAAACUGCCUUGCCUGAUCAUCAAACUCCUGCUAGAAAAUGUAACUGAUGCCAAAACAAAGAAAUCUAAAAGUUAUGAUGAUCUGAACUGACAGUUAUAAUUUAAAAGACUCAGAAUGCAUGCAUUCAGUAUUGGCAAUACAACUGCAAAAUAGCUGGUUUUGUAAAGGAUGUGGUCUGCCUAAUUUUCUUCCUGGUUCAGUGACUGCAUAUACUGGGUUGACCCUGACUGGAUGCCAAAGCUACUGUAUCCCUCCCCUCUGCAGCUGGACAUGGGCAAGAAAAUAUAAAAGAUGGUUCAUGGGUUGAGAUAAGAACUGGGAGAGAUUGCUCAUCAAAUACUGUCAUGGGAAAAACAGGCUGGAAUUAGAUAUAUUAGCUGAAUUUAUUAGUAACAAAAUCAGAGCAGGAUAAUGGGGAGUAUAAAAAACAACUUCCCCCUAUUCCUCCCUCCUUUCUAGCUCUACCUCCUGUCCCCAUCAGUGCAGGGAGAGAGGGAAUAGGGGUUAUGGUCAGUUCAUCACAAGUUUUUUUCUUCCACUGCUUAGGGAGAGUUAUUCCCCUGCUCCAGCAGGGGGUCCCUGCCAUGGGAGACAGUUCUCCAAGAACUUCUCCAGCAUGGGUCCAUCUCAUGGGCAACAGUUCUCUACAAACUGCUGCAGUGGAUCACUGUUCCUGGGGUGCAGUCCUUCAUGAACAGGCUGCUCUAGUGUGGGUCCCCCACAGAGUCACAUCCUACAGGAAACCUACUCCAGCAUGGGCUUCUCUCUCCACAGGUGUGCAGGUCCCUGCCAGGACCCUGCUCCAGCACAGGUUUUUCACAGGGUGGCAGCCUCUUCUCAGGCAUACACCUGCUCCAGCCUGGGGCUCCUCCACCAGCUGCAGGUGGAUCUCUGCAUCCCCAUGGACCUCCACGGGCUGCAGGGCACAGCUGCCUCACCAUGGGCCAUACCAGGGGCUGCAGCAGAACCUUAGCUCUGGUGCACAAAACACCUCCCUCUCUUUCUGCACUGACCUUGGUGACUGCAGAGUUGUUCCUCUCACGUGUUCUCACCCUGUUCUUUUCUGGCUGCAGUUACAUCUGUGCAAUCAUGUUUUUUCCCCACAGAUUUCUUAAAUCUGUUAUCACAGGAGUGUUACCACCAUUUCUGACUGGCCCAGCCUUGGCCAGCAAUUCCCAUGUGUCUGGGAGCCAGCUGGAUUGGUUCUGCAGGGGGUGGAGGAAGUUUCCAGCAGCUUCUCACAGAAGCCACC